UUUUUUAAUAACUGGCAAGUCCAUUGCUUUCUGUUUUUUAGGACAAUUUUAGUGGGUUUCGUUUUUAAUUUUGAGUGAUGAACCUGGGUUAUUGUGCCAUAUUUGGCUUUUAGCCACUUCCGCGUCUGUCCCGGAUGUUCAAUAGUAGUUCAUAAGAUGGUGUGUUUGUCCUGAAUCUUGCAUGGUGAUCUGGGUUAUUGUGCUUUUGUGCUUUUCUUGUCUCACUCUCCUCGGAUUCUGGUUUCUGUGCGGAAAAGUUGAUAGCUUUAUUGGUAUCUGGUCUUGUGGUGUCGCUGUUGACGGGUCUUUGCCUGCCUUUAAGUUUGGGGAGCCUGGGAGUGGUUCACUGGUCCAUUUUCUUGGCGUGAUAAUGGAAUCCCCUCAAUCUGUUGUAUCACCAUUCAAGAGUUCAAUUGCUGCUGAGCCAGAGAAGCAAAAAUCUGAUUAUGCAGUUCAGACCUCCCUUAGCUUAUCCAAUGGAAUUGGGGUCCAAAGGAAGGAAGUUAUGGUUGACAACCUGGAGGAUUUCAUAGGUAUUCUUGAGGUCUACAUACAUCAGGCUAGAGAUAUCCAUAACAUAUGCAUUUACCACAAGCAAGACGUGUAUGCUAAAUUUUGCCUGACCAGUGAUCCUGAAAACACGGUCUCCUCCAAAAUUAUCAAUGGUGGUGGGAGGAACCCGGUCUUCAAUGAUACUCUCCGGCUCAAUGUUAAGACUAUUGAAUCCUCUCUUAAAUGUGAGAUAUUCAUGAUGAGCAGGGUGAGAAAUUAUCUUGAGGAUCAGUUGCUAGGAUUUGCCUUGGUGCCACUGUCUGAUGUUCUAAUCCAGAAUGGGAAGUUGGAGAAAGAGUACUCUCUUUCUUCAACUGAUUUAUUCCAUUCUCCAGCAGGGUUUGUUCAGCUAUCUCUAUCUUAUAAUGGAACUUCACCAGAAGUCAUUGCCAUUCCUGCCAUGACUACUGCUGUCGCUACAGAUAAGGCUGCACAAGAUGUAGAGAUACAGGAAUCCCUCCCCAGUGAAUUUGAUAAGAUUGAAUUCCCAGAUCCAAAGAUUAUGAAUGAAAACCAGAUGAUGGUUUCAGAGUAUUUUGGAAUUCCAUGUAGCAGCGUGGACUCUGAAACCUCUGCGAGUGUGGUAACAUGUGAUGUUGAGAAUCAUGUUAGUUCAGAAAUGGGUGUUCAUGUCUUGGAAAGCUUCUCGGCAGCUACUGUGGAUUCCAAUAAAGUCACUAAGCCUGAUUCUCCUCCUAGCAGUGUGUCAACAGAUGGGGUUUCUUCUCAUUCCGUUGCUUCAAGCUCUGAUACCUCCGAUGUCCCAACUUCAAAACCACCAAGCCAGGAGCACGACUCAGUUCAAAAGGAGAAAAAGGGAGCAGAUGUGGGAGAUGGUGAGACUGAUUCCUCUGGUGGAGCGCAAAGUGAGAAAAUUGUGAAGCCGCUUAUUACUGUUAAUAUCGAACCAGAGCAGAAUGUGGUCCAGCAGGAUAUUGUAGACAUGUACAUGAAAAGCAUGCAGCAGUUCACAGAGUCAUUGGCAAAGAUGAAGCUUCCUUUGGACAUUGAUAGUGGACCAACUAGUUCAGGAAGUUCAACAACUUCUGAUCAGAAAACGCAGUCAUCAAAGAACAGUGGCUCCCGUGUGUUUUAUGGGAGUAGGGCAUUCUUCUGAGCCUUAGUUCUACUGGUUCAGAGGAAAACACACAGGUGACUUUAGAUUUUAGCACCGGGACUAAUACUAAUAGUGAAAUGUAAUAAUGAAUCAUGUAGUAGUGUGUUGUUUUCCUUUUGUAUGUUGACAUGUUUAGAUGACUUGGACGGGAAAUCGUGACUUUGUAUGGGUUAUCAUCAGCUUUGUUUUAUAACUACUGCUGUUAAUGUACAUGGAAAUUUACCUUUCAA